AUGGAAAACCUCAGUCUCAAUGAUGCUCCUCCUCCACAGUCUGCCUCGCCACAGCGACGGCCACCACAUCCACAGCAACACCCACACCAGCAAGAUGCGGUAUUCCCGGGCCCGCCUCCGCCUCAAGGUGCACCCCAAUUACCGCCGCAAAUGUUCACCACCGCGGCGCAACUGUUGGACUUGACGGAUAAGAAACUCCUUCUUGUCCUUCGCGACGGACGCAAGAUUUUCGGCGUGCUACGAUCCUGGGAUCAAUUCGCCAACCUCGUUCUCACCGAGACGAAAGAGCGCUAUUUCGUCUCUGUACCCUCGUCGUCAGUCUCUACGGACCCAGCGAACCCUCACUCGCAACCCUCUACUCGCAACCUCUACUGUGAUAUCCCCCGCGGCACCUUUCUCGUGAGAGGUGAAAACGUCCUCCUUUUAGGUGAAGUGGAUCUCGACAGGGACGACGAUCCUCCUGCGGGAUAUGAAGAAGGGGACGUUGAAGAAGUGUUUCGGAUACAGAAGGAGGCGGAGAGGGAAAGGAAGAAAAGGGACCGACUGAAGAAUAAGAAAACGGCGUGGAGAGAUCCUGAGGGAAGUGGCGAGGUUCUGUUUUGA